UAAUUGUGUGAUUCUUUGUUUGAUAAUUAUUAUUUCGCUAAAAUAUAUAUUCUUUUAUAUAGAGGAUGUCUAGCAAUAUAGUUCAACCAUUACAACAACCAAGUGGUGAAGAAAGUGAAAAGCAAGGCAAGGCUUAUUGGGAUGAUAUUACAAUGGAUGCUUUUAUCAAAGUUUGUGUGAUUGAGACUUUGACUGGAAAUAGAACAAAUCGCCACUUUAGCAAGUUGGGAUGGAAAAUUGGGAUAAAAGCCUUCAACAAUUGGACUGGAAGAAACUAUCAAUAUAGGCAACUUAAGAAUAAAUGGAGUUCUCUUAAAAAGGAUUGACAACUUUGGAAUACCUUGAUUGGAAAAGAGACCAACCUUGGGUGGGAUCCUAUGAGACAAAUCAUCAAUGCAAGCAAUGAAUGGUGGGAAAAGAAAUUGAAGAGAAUCCUGAAAAACUAUAGGCCGUUUUGAAGAAUAGAUGGAGAAUGAUACGAGAAAUGCAUAGUUUUCCUCUUGAAAAACAAGUAAAGACUGUUAUUGCUUCAGUGGCUCUUCACAACUUUAUAAGAAUUAAUGCUAGAAUGAAUAUGGAAUUUAAACGUUAUGAUGAUGAUGAUCAAGGGUUGCUUCCACUUAAUGAAGAAGAUAGUAGAAUGGAUUCACUUGUUGAGGAAGAUGGUUCACAUCAUACAAGAGAAAUGGAAGAAGAACGCGAUUGAAUUGCAAAUCUUCUUAUAUCUCAUUGAUGUUUGAUUAUGACUCUAAUAUGAGAUGUCUAAGGCCCAAGUAUUCCUCCAAUGCCUCCUGCUCCUCCUAUGUGCAGAGCUCUUCCAUUUCUCACUUGCUGAUGUUGGCAUGGCAGCCCAAUACAGACCCCCAUAUCUACCAACUGCCUGCUAUGGCAACGAUGUGUCUAAGCUCCCAUCAAGCAACUUAUUUGCUUCGGCCGGAGAUGGGAUAUGGGACAAUGGGGCAGCGUGCGGCAGGCAGUACUUUGUCAGGUGCUUGAGCGCACAAACUCCAGGGACAUGCAAAGCUGGUCAGAUCAUAAAAGUGAAGAUAGUUGAUAGAGCCUCCAGGAAUGGAGUGAUCCUUGUUCUUUCUACUAUUGCAUUUGGGGCUAUUGCUAAUCCUUCUGCUGCUUUGGUUAACAUAGAAUUUACCGAGGCUUGAGGGUAUCAGUGUGGAUCUACGUCUGAGGGAGGUUUCUUUCUGCUAGUGAGCUUUCCAUUCUAUGUUUUUCUUGUCCACUGCAAACUCUAAGCAAAAGCGACUUUCGAAUUUCGAUAAAGGUACCAGUUUUAGCUUGAAGUCUUUCAAAUUAAAAUACAUCGACUUUUGGUGAAAUUCAAUUUUGGUUUCUGUGAUUACAGGGCUGUGUUUUUAGUAAAUCAAUGUAUGUGAGUCCUUGCGUUUUGGUGGUUGUGUUACAUAAGUGGAGUUCUUUUGAGUUUAUGAGAGUUGAGGAAUAUCCAGAGGUUAAGCUUUUCCGAUGAGCAGUAAAUGCCGAAAUUUUCAUGAUUGUCGUUCAUGCCUUUUUCCGAUGAAGAUCCAGGCCAAUGACUAGCCGUAAAGCACCUAAAUGCCAACCACCAGAUUCAGUGGUUUUUUUUGGGCUAUACGGCCCGAUAGAAAGGUACUUUCUCUCUUUUUGGCCUAUAUAUUUUGCUGGGUUGUUAGUUUUAAUGUUUCUUGUGCUAGAUGAAUUCAUUCUCUACAUAAAAUGGUUACAUGUGAAUGGUUACAUACACACACACUCAAGGUUUUAUGGCACCAUAUCAUAAUAUACACAAUUAGUUGAGUGAUUUUCGUAGUGAUGGUGAAGCUGGAGGAAAAGAGGAGAUAUUCAACCAAUGUCAUGCAAGAUUAAGAAAUGUCAUUGAAUGUGCUUGGUGUUGUUAAGGCGUGUUUCCCACUAUUAAGAGAAUGGCACCUUAUUCGUUUACUACUCAAACAAAAUUUGUUAUGACAUGCUUCUCCAUUCACAAUUUUCUUCGACAAAUCUCAGUUGCGGAUAGAUUAUUUUCUGAAUAUGACAAUGAAGUGGAAUUGAAGAGUGACAAUGCAAAUCAAAAUCAAAACCCAACUACAAGCAGUUUUUUUGCAGCAUCUGAUCAAGAAUUCAUGCAAUGGUUCCGAGACCAAAUCGCAAAUGAACUCUUUAAAGUAUUUAAUUAAUUUGUCAUUUUUAGCUUUUUACCAUUGUAAGAAAUGCAAUGUUUAGAUAUUUGCUUAUAAUGUGAUGUCUUUGGAUAUUUGAAAAUAUGUACUUGAAUUGUUA